CCACUGACUUCACUGCAGCAGGAAACGGACGGAGAGUUUAGCUUCCACAGAACCCACGGUGACCACGGAGCAGGGAUCAGGGUAGGUAGGGGAGCUGGGCAAGCCUUCAGACCCACCAAGGAUGCACUGAGCUGGGUAACAGCUGCUGAGGCCACCCCUUAGCACAACCUGCACGGCCAUGGCGUCUCUUAGCUCCGCCCCUCCGGGCUCCCAGGUCCACGCCGCUGCCGUCAAUGGAGACAGGAGCACCCUGUCCAAGCUGCUCACUGCAGAACCAGCGCUGUGCAACCAUGAGGACCAGUUUGGUCGCUCCCCGCUGAUGUACUGCGUCCUGGCCGACCGUCUGGACUGUGCUGAGGUCCUGCUGAAGGCUGGAGCCUCUGUCAACAAGACUGACCACAGCCAGCGCAGCGCCUUGCAUCUCGCUGCACAGAAGGGUAAUGUUCGCUUCCUGAAGCUGCUGCUCUCCAGACGGGCUGACUGGCUCCAGAAGGAUCUAGAAGAGAUGACCCCUCUCCACCUGGCCACCCAACACUCCUCCCUCAAGCCCCUGGCCCUGCUCCUCAAACACAUAGGUCCUGGGGAAGUGGACACCCAGGACAGGAACAAGCAAACAGCCCUCCACUGGUCAGCCUUCUAUAACCGUCCAGAGCAUGUUCGUCUGUUGAUCAAGCAUGACUCCAACAUCGGGAUCCCAGACAGUGAGGGUCGGAUCCCUCUGCACUGGGCUGCACACAGCCAGGAACCCAGCGCUACUCACACCGUGCACUGCAUCCUGGAAGCAGCUCCGACAGAGUCCCUGCUGAACUGGCAGGACUACGAGGGCCGCACUCCUCUGCAUUUUGCCGUUGCCGAUGGUAACGAGGCGGUGGUGGAGGUGCUGACCUCAUAUGAAGGCUGCAGCGUCACUGCAUACGACAACCUCUUCCGAACCCCCUUACACUGGGCUGCUCUGCUGGGCCAUGCCAGGAUAGUACACCUGCUGCUGGAGAGGAACUCAUCUGGCAGCAUCCCCUCCGACAGCCAGGGGGCCACACCCCUGCACUAUGGUGCACAGAGUAACCAUGCGGACACAGUGGGCGUGCUCCUCUCCCACCCCUCAGUGAAGGAUGAGCCGGACCUGGAGGGCCGGACGGCGUUCCUCUGGGCUGCUGGGAAAGGCAGCGAUGACGUCAUCCGCACCAUGCUUUCCCUCACCCCCCACCUCGACAUCAACAUGACUGAUAAGUACGGAGGAACCGCGCUGCAUGCUGCUUCUCUGUCGGGCCAUGUGGACACGGUGAGUGUGCUGCUCCAACAGGGCGCGCAGGUGGACGUCCUGGACGUGAUGAAGCACACACCGCUGUUCCGUGCGUGUGAGAUGGGCCAUCGAGACGUCAUCCUCACGCUCAUCAGAGGCAGUGCCCGUGUUGACCUGGUGGAUGUGGAUGGGCACAGUGUUCUCCACUGGGCGGCGCUUGGGGGAAACGCCCAGGUGUGCCAGGUGCUGAUGGAGAACGGGAUCAGUCCUAAUGUACAGGAUGUGGCCGGGAGGACCCCUCUGCAGUGUGCUGCUUAUGGAGGGUACAUCACCUGCAUGGCUGUCCUGAUGGAAAACCAAGCAGACCCAAACAUACAGGACAAGGAGGGCAGAACAGCCCUCCACUGGUCCUGUAAUAACGGCUACCUGGAUGCUGUCAAGCUGCUGCUCGGCUGUGGUGCCUUCCCCAAUCACAUGGAACACAACCAGGAGAGAUACACUCCUCUGGAUUAUGCUCUUCUGGGGGAGCACAGUGAGGUGACCCAGUACAUGCUGGAGCAUGGAGCUCUGUCCAUCGCAGCCAUCCAGGACAUUGCUGCUGCCUCCAUCCAGGCGCUGUACAAGGGCUUCACCGUCCGCAAGGCCUUCAGGGAGAGGAAGAACCUGCUUAUGAGACACGAGCAGCUACGCAAGGACGCCGCCAAGAAACGGGAGGAGGAGCUACGGAGGCGUGAAACCGAGCAUCAAAUCUCAUUGGCAAGGUCAGAGAGACAGAAGAUCUCAUUGGCCAGGUCAGAGAGACAGAAGAUCUCAUUGGCCAGGUCAGAGAGACAGAAGAUCUCAUUGGCCAGGUCAGAGAGACAGAAGAUCUCAUUGGCCCGUGCUGAGCUGGAGCAGCUGUCAUUGACCGAGCCCACGCUGGAACCAGCGGUGUGUGAGACCCUGACCCUGCCCAGGGGGAAGAGAAACCCCAAACAUGAACACACACGUACAGACGUGGAGCGGAGACACAGAGCACACAGGAGCAGCCCCUCCAGGCUUCCAGCUCCUCCCAUGACUUCUGACCGUGUGGCCUCUGGCUCCGCCCCCAGCCCCCAACACAGACCCCCCACCACCCCUAAGGCAAAGAGACGCAUCUCUGCAAACACACACACUCCCUCCAACACACACACAUUCUGCGACACCAAGGAACACAUCCCUAGAAUAAAGAUGGACAAUCGAGGGAAGACACACACACACCCCAUCAAAACACACACAAACAGUCUUGUAGAGGAACACCCACUGGUUAACGCAGGGAGCAGAGCCUGCACACACGCUCCCUCCCCAAGGCUAUGCGCUGCUAUGGAUGAUUCACAAAGAACUUACACUGCUCCUGCGAGCACACACACACACGCUCUGACACACACACACGCCCUGACACACACACACGCCCUGACACACACACAAGCCUGCAGCAGUGGGGGAGCCGGGGAAGGAGCCAGAGAGGAAGUGAGGAGCAGGCAGCAGGCGGCCUGUACCAUCCAGCGGGCCUGGAGAAGUUUUCAUGUCCAAGGAAGACAGAGGCGUGGCCUGGGCUCAGAGGGGGUGGGGCCUGCAGAGGCCACCUCCCAUCUUCACUCAGCCAACAGGAACCGAACCUCUGGCCAAGCUCCGCCUACUAAGUCAGCAGCCAUCAAGAACUCAGCGCUGCAAAGCAUCUAUGGAAGCUCGUUAGCCAGGCGUGGGCCCUGCCUCCGAGGGCCUCCCUCACAGGUCCUGCUGGGCACGUCUCUCCACACGACCAGCCAGCUGAGCAGUAUGGAGUGUGUGCACCUGUCUGAGUCAGUGGGGAAAGCCAGGCAGUAUUCCUACCACCUCCGACCCCACAGCGCCGGGCAGGGGCCUGGAGGCCGAGGGAAGCACUGAGGCCGAGUCAAGCACUGAGGCCAGGGAGACUGGCGGCCAGGGAGACUGGAGGCCAGGGAGACUGGAGGCCAGGGAGACUGGCGGCCAGGGAGACUGGAGGCCAGGGAGACUGGAGGCCAGGGAGACUGGAGGCCAGGGAGACUGGAGGCCAGGGAGACUGGAGGCCAGGCAGGGCCACAGCCCCACAGAUCACUGAGACAUGUUGGAGUCUCUCAUCCUCUCACCACGGCGGCUUCACUCCAGGUGUUGGCCAGACCGCACCACACCCUGCGGCUGUUCUAAAUACAGCCAUGACAUCACAGAUGUGACCUCACAGGCCAGGGUGAUGUCUGUGGAAGUAGUGUGUGCGCAAGAUAACCUUUUGGUUUCAUUGUAGAGCAAGGAGCUCACACACAUGCACUCUCAUACAAGAUAACCUUUCCUCCUGUGUGGAGACAGUCUAUCAACAACAGGUCAUACCGUAAGCCCACCUGCAGCCAGAUGUACAUGUACACGCACACACACACACCCACCAGAAGAUACUCAGAUGUACUUUAGACAUACCGCUAUCAGAUAUAACCUGUCUCCAUGGGAACAUGGAAUAUUUAAUUUCUGCAGUCUCGUUCUCCAAUGUCUUCUGCUCAUGUGUCAGUUACAGACAAGCAUGUGUCUGACACGCACAAACGUCUUCCCAGUCUGGACCUACAAUACCUCAGUGUUGAAUAGUCAAAAUUGUUUAAUAACAAUUAUUGGAAUAAAAAAAGAAUGACAAACGUAA